ACCAGGUGAUGAUUCGGCACUCAGUGGCAUCCAUCUUCUCUGCAGACAGAUUGAUAACAUGGCCAACCUGAGAAUCAUCUCCUCGUCUGAAGGAGGAUGGGGAAGCUGGACAGCUUACCAGUCAUGUGGCGGUGAUGCAUACCUCAAAUCCUUCAAGCUCCGUGUCGAAACUGACCAACGAGUGGGGGAUGACACCGCUGCCAACAACAUCAUGUUCUACUGCUCCAAUGGCAAAACCCUGACAGGGCACGGCCUGACCUGGGGCACUUGGGGCAGGGGGAGCAGUACCUGUCACAGGGGCAUCUGUGGCAUCAAGACCAAGGUGGAAGAAGCACAGGGCUGGGGGGAUGACACGGCCCUGAAUGAUGUCAGGUUCACAUGCUGUUAAUUAAAGCAUCAACACAACGAUGUUUGCUCAGUCAUUGGUAGAAUCCGCUGACAAGUUACAUUAACUGGUUCUAAAUGGGUGUUGACUAAAAUGUGAACUUAACAUACGAAUAAAGAGUCUGAAGCAUUACUCAAUGAGU